UGGAAGGGUUUCAAGCGAUGCUCCGGUGACGUCAGCCUGUUUCAUUUGCAUGGGCUCAGACAUGUUGACACUCAUCCAAAUCCGACAGUUGAGUUGCGUCGUCUCUAGUCCACAGUCGCAUCUACAGUCACUCUGGGGCAGACUCCAUUAUGUAUUCCGUCAUGUCACUGCUGGCGGAGUCGCCUAACGCCAAGAUCAACAAGACGGUGCUGGACAGGUUCCUGACCUUGCCGCAGCCGGAGGACAGGGUUCUUGUCGAGUACAUCUGGAUCGACGGCACGGGCGAGAAUGUCCGCUCCAAGACCAGGACUCUGGACUUUGUACCUCAAAAUAUAUCAGAACUGCCAAUCUGGAACUAUGAUGGAAGCUCUACGUACCAAUCAGAGGGGAAAAACUCAGACACGUACCUUUACCCUGUGGCGAUGUACAGGGACCCUUUCCGUCGAGGCAACAACAAACUGGUGCUCUGCGAGACCUACAAGUACAACAAGAAACCCACAGAGACAAACCAUAGAGUGACAUGUAUGGAAGCGAUGAAGAAGGCAGCUGACUUGAAGCCUUGGUUCGGUAUUGAGCAGGAGUAUACUCUAUUGGACAUGGAAGGUAGACCCUUUGGGUGGCCAAAGAAUGGCUUUCCUGGUCCUCAGGGUCCAUACUACUGUGGAGUAGGAGCUAACAAAGUGUAUGCAAGAGACAUCAUAGAGUGUCACUAUCGCAGUUGUCUGUAUGCUGGAAUCACAAUUUCAGGAAUCAAUGCAGAGGCCAUGCCUUCACAGUGGGAGUUCCAGGUUGGCCCCUGUGAGGGCAUCUCUAUGGGAGAUGAGCUGUGGGUGGCCCGUUAUCUAUUACAUCGAGUCGCUGAGGAGUUUGGCAUUGUAGUGACCCUUGACCCUAAACCUAUGGAGGGCAAUUGGAACGGUGCAGGUGCACACUGCAACUUCAGCACAGCUCCUAUGCGUGAGGAAAAUGGCAUUGUUGAAAUAGAAGAAGCAAUUGAUAAAUUGUCUAAGCAUCAUAUGCGCCACAUCCAAGCCUAUGACCCACAUGGAGGGAAGGACAAUGAACGCCGGCUCACUGGGCGAAAUGAGACCUCUUCCAUUCAUGACUUUUCUGCAGGAGUCGCAAACCGAGGUGCCAGUAUUCGUAUCCCCCGAGGAUGUGCUGAGGAGAAGAAAGGUUACCUGGAGGAUCGACGGCCAGCAUCUAAUUGUGAUCCAUAUCAAGUCACUGAGGCCAUCAUCCGUACAUGUUGUCUCAAUGAGUAACCUCAUGACACUAUUCCAUUUUUUAAGGGUUUUAUGUGCUUUAUCCGUUUUAUAAUUUUAAACUUAUUGUCUUUAUUGUACUUUUAAUGAAUAUAUAAGCCUUGUUGAAAUUAGUUUUUAAAACUUACUGAUUAUUUUUAUAUUUUUGCUUAUAUGGGGUCAUUUUAUGCCCUGAAUGAUGUGUACAAAUGACAGAGCUUUAAUAUAUGAAAAUGAAAAAUUUGUUA